AAUAUCAAUGUUAAGAAUAUGUUAGAAGAAAAAUAUAAAAAUUUCCUGAAAUUAAAAAAUAUGAACAACCAUAUAGGAGCUAGCCAAAAUGUAAAUGUUAAUAAUAAUUAUACAAUGAAUGAAUUAGAAGAGUUUGAAAAUAAUAAUAACAUUAAUAAUAACAAUAAUUACAAUAAUAACAAUAAUUACAAUAAUUACAAUAAUUAUAAUAAUUAUAAUAAUAAUAAUUAUUAUGAUUAUAUGAAUAUAAAAGUCAGUCAAAGUGUACAACAUAAUAAAAGAUUACAAGAUGUUUACAAUAAUAAAAAUUCAUUUCAACACUAUAUAAAAAAAUUAAAGACAUGUAGAUUUGAUGCAGAUGAUAUAAGGAACCUAUUAGAAAAACGUUUAGCAUAUGAAAGAGACAAUCCCUUAAUUAAAAAUAUUCAAGAAGAAGAAAAUAAAAAAGGAAUAGGAAUAAAUGGAAAUUUAGGAAGUGAAAGUAAUUCUUCUUCAUCUAAUUAUGAUAAUAAUUACCUUCUAUAUAGAAAAAUUAAUAGAUUAAAUAAAAAUAAUACAAAUAAAUCAAAAAAUAGAAAUAGGAAAAGAAAAAGAAUAAAUUCAAAAGUUGAUAAAAAAUAUAUUAUUAAAUGUAGAGCUUGUAAGUUUAUUAAUCCAAAUGGUUUUAAAAUUGAAGAUUAUUAUACUUGUCAAAAUUGUGGAUAUAACGAUUUCUCUGUUAUAAGGUCUACAUCACCAAAUAAUGCAGACUAG